CUUGUACACGCUGUCCUCAAAACCUCCAGCGGCAUUACCCGCCUCGGCCUGUGUACGCUGAGCUUGACUGGGAGGAGGUGGGAUCUAGCUACUGGUGGUCGUGGGCUUGCGGGCGUUUACGUGCGAACCGUGUAGAUUGCCAACGACUGGGCAUUUUUCUGGGGGGGAGAGAAAUCACGACAAGAAAGCCCCGCUUGGGAUCCCCUGCCUCCCUGCCAACGACACACGUUCAUCCACCUCUGUUAUCUGCCUUCUUACUUUAUCGUCGUUUUCUGCCAGUGUUUCCCACUCAAACCCAGCGAGAUUGCUCCUAACAACGACCGCCACCAUCAUCAACAUUACAGGCUGGGGCUGUGUGAUGAGGUCGCCCUGCCGCAGGGGUUUGGUAAUUACGUUAAGAUAAGGCGGUUUUUGUUGUCAGGGUAGUCUUCGCUUUCUCGACUUCUCGCUUUCGAAAGCCUCCCAGCACCCCGAGUGUGUGAAGAUAUACACCGCAGGAGAACGUAGCUACUACUGGGGCUGAGGGAAUCGCUGUCAUCACUCUGUGGUCUCAAGCAAUGUCCCACUACCAGAAGUACUGACAACCGGAAAUGAGACAAUACGCUUACCACAGAUAACAGUACAAAACUAUCCAUGAGCUCCGAUUUCCCACACUGCAGUUUCAGGAUGCCAAAUAUAGGGUUCCAGAACCUUCCCCUUAAUAUCUACAUUGUGGUGUUUGGGACAGCCAUCUUUGUCUUCAUCCUCAGCCUCCUCUUCUGCUGCUACUUAAUAAGGUUACGGCACCAGGCGCACAAAGAGCUGUAUGCAUACAAACAAGUCAUUCAGAAGGAAAAAGUCAAAGAGCUAAAUUUGCAUGAGAUAUGUGCAGUGUGCUUGGAGGAGUUCAAACAGAAAGACGAGCUGGGGAUUUGUCCAUGCAAACAUGCCUUUCAUAGGAAGUGCCUCAUUAAGUGGUUGGAGGUGAGGAAGGUGUGCCCGCUGUGCAACAUGCCCGUCUUGCAGCUCGCCCAGCAGGCCGGCAGCACAGAUGCCGCUGUGCCAAUACAGCAGCCUCUGCCUGGCAUCGAGAACCUGGUGUAGCAGACUCAACCUCUCUCUCUCUCAGUACACUACAGACACACAAACACACAUCCCAUCACUCAUGCUCUCACCUGUACAGGUACACUUUGUUAGAGUCUGUGGACAGACCGGAGAAAGUGGAGUUACUGCGCAGAUACUCACAAAAGCAGUGAAUCCCAAAAGGAUUUCCUGAUAUCAGUACUGACUGAUAAUCAGCUGUUUCCAUGUCUUUCUUUUCGCGGACAAUGAAGAAGAGUUGAUCUAGUGGAAGUUUCCUUCUCGGCCAUGAUGUGGUCGAUGACUUUUUCACAACCAAAGCACUUUUCUGGGGACACCAGCUAAAGACCAGGAUGAAAAAAAAAAAACCCUUAAGCCAAGAACUACAGUAGACUAAAAUAUAAUUAUUUUUUUCUUUUAACAAGCACUUUACGAGAAGUCAAACCUUAAUUGCUUGUGAUCGUAGUAGCAAGGUUAUGUUUUAUAUUUUAUCAUUUACUAUUGUUUCUGUGCACAGUUCAAAGCCACAUGGGUUCAUUUUUAAUUAGUAAACUUUAAUUUUUAAAUUAAAAAUAUAUAUAUAUCUCAAAGGGACAACAAUACUUACAUCGGUAGAUGUCAGGAUAUUUGGACAAUAAUUUCUGUUCAAAUUGCGCACGCACACACACACACACACACACACACACACACACACACACACACACACGAGAAAAUAACCUCAAAGCAACCUCCAGACUUUAUGUCUGACUAAAUGUGAAAGGUUUGAAUGUGUUGAAACCCAGAAUUUUACACACAAAUACAAACACUAACACACUUUAUAUGAAGCCUAUAGAAUUUGUUCUCUCAUCACCUGUUUGUCAUUCAUUCACGACAAUGUUACUGUUGUUAUUAUACGUUUUUUAUUACUCUGUCAAAACAGAAAGGUGAUACAGUGAACAAAUUAUAUUUUGAAUAAACUAAUUAAUCGGGUAACAUCCUCUACAUACGAGUGCUGUUAGGCAAACCCAGGCUAUAUGCUGUCAACCCAGGCAUUACUCAUGAUCUUUCUCUUUUUUUGGGAGGGGAGGGGGAUAGUUCAGGACCUCUCCAACAGAAAAUCUAAAUUUCAAAGUAACUACUUCAUCUACUGUGAUUAUCUAAGUAGUAUCGGUGUGUAUAACCUGGUGCUUUGUUUUUAAAACGGUUUUACAGAACAAACACCAGUAAUGAGGCAAUAUGAAACAAAAAUCUAUAAAAAAAAAAACAUAAAUGUUCCAGUUUUAUCUUGCUCCGUUGCUGCCUUGUUUUUUGAAGCUGAGCUGUGUGAAUGUUACGAUGGCUUGAGACACUUCGCAAAACAAAGCAACAAAAUUUCAAACUCUUAUUUUGAUCUGUAUUUAACUAGCAUCACAUAUCCAGCUAGAAAUAAUUGACAAUGAACUCCUACUUAAAUAUGCUGCGCACACAGUUGCAGUUAUCUUUGCCUCUAUCCCCAUAGAGUAUUUCUAUUUAUUUUUUUUAAUUUAUUAUAAUUUCUUGGUACAGCUGCAUUGAGUGAAUGAGUUAGCGGAUUGACACCUGCAUCACAAGUACUGCCCUCAGCAUGUUAUCAGCAUAUCUUUUGGUGAAGAUACACACUACUUUGUAAAACACACAUACAUGCACAGAGGGAGGGGCACAGGCCCCCCCUAUCCCCUCUGCCCGGGCUGCCAGAGAGUCAGUGGUUGUCAGCAGGUUGUAAUGAAGCAGCAUUUUCAUUCAUACACCACAUAUACAGGGUAGUUCAGCUUUUUGGCUGCAGUAUUCUGGUGCUUUCGCUUCUCUCUCUCUUUCUGUACGGUACGGGGUGCUUUUUGUGUUGUGCCACACAUACAGUAACUCUGAGCCCUGCUUUUGUGUAUGUUUUUUUUGUCCUCAUCUCUUUUUAGCUGCAUUUAGUAAAUGUGUUGUGGGGAAACGUGCUGAUGUAAAAGGGGGCUAAAAAAAAGAGCUGUGCUUCACAGUAAUGGCCCUAAGAUAAGUUGGAGAUUAUGUUUUACCUGUGAUAUGUAUUGUCCAAUGACAAUCAUACAUCUUCUUUAAAGGCACAAUCCGUGAUCCAAAUGUAAAUGCAAAUAGUAAAGAGUAGUUCCACUGUGUGUGUGUGUGUGUGUAUAGAGAGUCAGUGGUUGUCAGCAGGUUGUAAUGAAGCAGCAUUUUCAUUCAUACACCACACAUGAAGGGGGACUAACAUGAAGAAAAUACCUUAGACAAAAUUUAAAUCUAAUCUGAUCUUUUCGUAGUGUGUUAUGGUGCUGUAAAAGGCCUGUGUUGAUGAUGAAAAAUCAACAACUAAACAGGUUUAUAUUUGGAAUUCUGAUAAGUGGAAAAAGACACCAUACAGUACAUCAAAUUUAAACAGUAAAAAAUUACUGAUUGUGCCUUUAACAAUACUAUAUUUCCAAUUAAAUUCUAUUCUCUAAUGCCAAACACUGUCAUGGACAGAGUUGCACAGGUUCCCAAUACAUAGGCGGUGUGACAAGUGACAAUGCAUUUCACCCUCUGUGGCAGAAAAGCAUUAUUACUUUCACCUCUUUGUUUUGAAUGUUUCAUCUCUGUUGAAUGUCUGCCCACACCCCACAGUGAUGACCUUUGUGGUGGGGUCAGAGCAUGCAGCAAGGUGAAAAUGUCAACAUUUAGAUGAAAGCAAAAGCAGUUCUCUGUCCCAUGUGUAGCAUUUCAGUCAGUACUUACAUUACCUAAAAAAAAAAAUAGAAUGCGGUGCUAUGCUACUACAGAUGAGAAACCUUUUAGCACUUAGCAAACUAAAAUGAAAUCAAAGAAAGAUGUUGUCCACAUUAGCCUUAUUUGAACAAAAUCUGCCUCAAUUACAAAAAAAGACCAGGACUAUGUUAAUUGGCAUUAUCACAACCUCUUCACUCUACAGUGGAUCGAUGAUUUACUUUAUGAUUGAAGUACAUCAUCUGGCUUGUCACUGAAAAGGUUGUGGUUUUAUGUUGAACAAAAUAUGCAACGUAAAAGCCUUCUUCAGUAGGUUGUGUGAUGUCCUGUAUUUGGUACCUUCUCACUUCUCAGUCUUUGGUUAUGAAGAGGCAGUGGCUGUUUCUUAGAAUAUAUCUCACUUAUAUCUCACUGCACAUGUUACAAAGUGAGACCCAACAUCCUUGGUCACGCAUUAUUCCCCAAAACCUCACUUAAACUAAACAUUAGCAAGUAUCUGCCACUUUCCCCAAAACAUGACACAUUUUGUAUCUCAGUGCUAAAUAGCAAAAGUCUUAAAGCUUUGUUCCUGCUAAUUUUUUUGUCUUUGAAUGUAUGAUUCACGAGAGAAAGAAAGGAAAAUGAGAUUUAAUGUGAAAGCAUGCUAUUUUGCAUAGUCAAGUUGCCACUGAUAUCACCAUUGUUAAAUGUAUGUAAAGAGUAGUGUCAGUUGUAGUGUAUUUAUACAUAAGGUGCACAAGAAAUGCUCCUUCAUAUAAACUAAAUGGCAGCUGAACACUUCUGCCAUUUGGCCAUCUUAAGUGUUGUGUUUGAUUGUAAACACUUUUAGCCUUUCCACCUGUACUUCCCUGUUUCCCUCCUGUGUGCCGUCCUAAUCCCACUUAAAACAAAGUGCCAACCCAGAAUGAAGUGUUACGAAUCAAAGUCCGAGCCAACAAAAAAGAAGGUCCCACGUUUUGAAAAGAAAAAGGGAAGAGUUGCCGUCAGAUUAUGGCCAAAAAAAGAAAGGAAACUGAGCCAGUAAUAAAUGGCUUCCCACCAGUGAAAUCACCAUUGACGUCAGUGCUGCUUCUGAAUGAACUCCAUUAUAAAUAGAGAAGACACAAUCAAAUGCAAUGCAACAGUCAGUCAGGAACACCGCUUCACAUCAAAAAUUAACUGAUACUCAGAGUAGAAAGUGUCUGAAUGAUCAGGCAUCAAAAAGUCCUACAUAUGAAGGUCCCUGUUCCAUGAAUGUGAAUGAAACUCUGUUUUAUUAAAAAAACAAAAAUAGAAAAUUGGUAUACUUUCCCUUUUAUAGAUGAGGGGUUUCACUAUAAUUCACAUGGUUGGUUUUAACAACCAGACCAUUUAGGAUUCUCUAGCACUGCCUCCCUGAAGUGAACUUUCUUCUUGUUUGUACGGUGUCAUAUUUAUUCCUCUGUAGCUCCCGUAGUGUCCUUUCAACUCACAAUUAACUUCCCCCACUUUGUCCAAACAAACCCUCCCACCUCUACCAGUGUACCUGAGUACACCCUCUGCCCUCACAACCCUUUUUUGUUAACACUGAUUAUGUUUGUGGACUCUCACAGACAUUGUUUGUAAAACUAAGAAUUCUGCAGCAGAAUAUUUUUGGAGACAAUUGCUGUACAGUAUUUGUAAGCUCUAUUUUUGUAUAUUGCUUUUUUGGAGAAAAUAAUAUGCAUUUUUCUUUUCUUGUUUUUGCUAAUUUCAUGUUUAUUCAUUUUAAGAAAAUGUUGCAUGUGACUGACUUGAACUGUAAAUAAAAUUUCCAAGUUUUUGGAA